AUGGAGGCCAAACACCUCAAAGGGGAGUUGGGCUUACAAUUUCAAGCUUACACAGAAUCUGAGCAGAUGAGAGGGAGGGCUCCUUUGGGAAGAGUGUUGUUGAACAUGAUUGCAAGACGCUUUUUCCUUGAUCAAAGUCGUGGUGCCAAUCUCACUCAGCAAAGUUUGCUUGAACUUGAAGUCACUCAAUAUACACCUGAAGGACUGAGUAGCUUUGUUGAUCGGGUAGAGUAUGUGCUGAAUUCGAUUCCACCGGAGUUGCAGCCAUCAGAAAUGACUCGUUACACUUGGCUAUACUCACGUAUGCGUAAGGUAAGAGUGAUGCAAAGACACAUUGACAAGAUCCGUGAUUCCAGAGUCGGUUCUCACUGUCGUACCUAUGACUGGCUUUUCGGAAAGCUCAAGACGUGCAUCAAUGAGAUGAAGGAAGACCAGAAUGAAGAGGCAGUGCGCAGUUCGCUUCAGAAACGACUCAAAGACAAGGACAAGGACAACAAGCCAAAGCCAAAGGCCGCGGCUGCAACGACAAAGUCGGAAGGUACACAAGAGGAGUCCAAAGGACUUCCAAACCCGAAGGCCAAGGCAAAGCCAAAAGCCACUCAGCCUAAUCCAAAGGAGAAAGGUUCUGGGGAAAAGGGUAAGGGUAAGAAGGAGAAUAAAGGCAAAGGUCCGGGUCAAGGAGAGGAGACAAAGUCAAAUCCCAAGCCAAAGGCUGAUCCGAAGCCAGACAAAGCACGUGUAGAUUGUCUGUUCUGGGGAAAGGGUUCAUGCAACCGUGGUGAUGCAUGUCCAUUUUACCAUGACCCAGCCAAGAAGGCGGCGGCAAAGCCAAAACCUUCGCCUUCGCAGCCCUCUGCAUCAACCGCCAAAGCUGCUGUCGCGACCAUAGCUUCGGUUGGAAAUCUUGCAUCAUCGAGUGCGUGUUCCGUUGCAUCCAAAGGGUCAACAUCUUCCAUGGGAAAAUCCUUGAUUGGAAGGUUCAUGCAGUUCGUUGCCACUUGUGUAUCAAUGCUCACUGGUGCCCAUACGCCGCAGGGGUUUGCCUCCGUGGCAACACUGUCGGCAGCACCAGCCGUUGUCCAUCACCAUAAUCAUGGAAUUGCAAUGAGUGCCAAAGCAGCUGAUCAGUAUUCACUUGAAUGGAUUGCAGACUCAGGGGCAGGCCGUGAUCUCACAUCGCAUCGUGCUUUGAUUGAGCAGGGUGUUCCGAAUGCUGUGAUUCAGAAACAAACUCAAUCCGUAAAUCCAAUCAAAUUUGAAACUGGAAAUGGCACGGUAGUGAGUGAUUCUUGCGUUGAAAUUCCUGGAAACGUUUUUGGAAAAGCUCAUUUUCAGGUUAUGGACGAUUGCCCCAUGGUUCGAUCACUUGGUAAACUUGUGGAGCAGGGUCAUCCCUUCAUUUGGUGCCCAGGUGAAUUGCCUUUCUUUGGAAAGAGUGCAGACUCCAUUCAAUUGACACACAACUCGGAUAUCAUUUGUGCACAGCGAGUAGAGGAUAGUGUUCCCAUCUUCACUGAGACAUUCAACAUGUCGUCAGCAUUCGCAUUGCCAGGUGCCGCAGGAGAAGAUGUUGAGCACUCCGCUCCAGCCGUGAUUCCAGAAGCUCGAGAAGAACGUGUCAGGGAAGAGGGGGGUUCAUCCGAUGCAGAUUCUGAAGGGGAGAUGCCAGUAGAUCGGUUGAGACGCCUCGUUGUGAAGACGUACUGUGAGCUUACUGGAACAGAAGUCGCAGCUUUGAAGAAGGUCAGCACUCCAAGUUAUCCAGAGAACUCCAUGACAGAUGAAGAGUUGAACCAACAAGGACAACUCAGCGGUUCAGCAGCCAGAGUUCUGAUGAGAAUCCUUUGGCUCUCCAGACUCGCUCGCCCAGAUGUGAGUUUCAUUGUGGGUCGUUUGGCAACACGCGUCACACAGUGGUCGAAAUUCGAAGACAGACAACUGUACAGAUGCAUUUGUUAUCUUCACCACAGUCGAGACAAAGUUUUGGUAGGACAAAUCGACCAUGCACACGAACAAGAAGCAUCAAUCGAGGUGUUUACAGACAGUGACUUUGCCAGCUGUCCGUUCAGUGCUAAAAGCACGUCCGGAAUCAUGAUAGUGAUCAAGACAGGUCAGUUGUCGCUUCCGAUUUACUGGAGCAGUCGAAAACAGACAAGUGUAGCUCGUAGCACGCCGGAGGCCGAGCUGAUCGCUAUGUCGUCUGCCAUGUUCACGGAAGUCAUCAACGUACAAACCAUGCUGCAACAGCUAUUGGAACGACCUAUCCAAGUUAACUAUCGUCAAGACAACCAAGCAGUAGUCGACAUCGUCACUUCUGGUUACUCGGCCAAACUUCGCCAUGCACCCAGAGUUCACCGUGUGAACGUAAGUUCAGUAAAUGAGGUGCUUUCAGAAGGGUUUCUGCAUUCAAUUUGGUAUACCCAUACUGCAGAGCAGAUUGCAAAUGGCUUGACCAAAGUCAUUUCUCCAGCCGA